CUUAACACAUUGCUGCAAUGCUUGACAUAUCAACAAGAUUGGGUCGAUUGCGCCCCGAAUUGGAGGGACCCAGCGGGAAUUGAAGGUGGAGCAGCGGGGAGCUUCCCCGACACGCUAUUCUAAACACCCGAUGAAGCCAGAUCAAGGGCAGCUCAGUGGCCGCGGCGGUGUGUUUUCCUUCCUUUCCCGAGUUCCCGUCUCUUUGAUUCAUAAUUUUAUUAAGAUUCUCAAGUUGGGAGUGUUACCGAGUCUGUGAUUAAUUUAAGAAUGGAUCCUGUCAGGAGUUCAAGCCGAUCAACAAUUAAUGUGACCUUACCGAGUCAACACAGCGGCAGUGUCACAGGAUCAGCUGAGAAACGUGCAAAUAAACAAGCUGCAGUACCAGAAAAAAAUGAAGAGUUGACACAUCUAUUAGCAGCAAGAUCAAUAGAAAGAUGCUGGUGUUCCUACAGGGAUAAACAGAUGUUCAAACUUCUCAAACAUGCAGUAUGUGCAGCAGAACAUUCCAUGACGUAUGAAAUUCUGAGGAAAGUUGCUCCUAAUGAAGCACACUUGCUGAAAGACAAAAGUAUGAAAGCCAGGGUGCGUUUCAGAUUUGCAGGCUCAGAAUUUCCACCUGUGAUUUUAUUCAAAAUCUUCACGCACACUGAAGGCCGUGGACUCAAGUAUUUCAGUGGAAAGAAAAUCAUCAAGCCAGCAUCAGAUGCAUCAGUUGAUGCAUGCAGGGAGAUGGGUCAUCGCAAAUUUUAUGAUCAGAUGAUAGCAGACACUUGUCAGCACGAAAGAGAUAAGAUCACAGAUGAGAUCGAUGUAACUACUGUUAAAGACUAUAUGCAGUAUAUUAGCAACCUGGAUGAGAUGCCUGCAUAUAUGGGAGGAAGAGAGAAUCUGUGGAGAAAGUUGGAUCUAAAUGUUCUUCCGAGGACGACCAUUCUCUAUGACAUCAUUGAUUACCUGAAUCGUGGUUCAAUAUCUGAUCGUUUGAGACCUGAGAUUCCUCUUCUUACAACCAGGCCUCUGACUCAGGAGGAGCAGCUGAAACACAUCAAGCUCAUCUCAAAACUAAGGACCCCUCUCUUGAGCCCCAUCCCAUCUGGGAGUGUAGCGCCCUCUCGUGGUCCAUCUCCUGGAGUGACUUCAAGACGUUCUCGGCAGGCUAGACAACGGGCAUCAAAGAUGAGGAAGAUGUAUAUGUCUCCUACUGAGGAUCCAGACAUGGUACCACAGAACACCGCUCGCACAGAGAGAUUACCCGGCCCAGACAACGAUCAGUCCUCUCCGACUCCUCGUCAUCUUGAUCACCAUGGCAACUAUGGAGAUGCCUUUGACGGUGAGGUAGAGGAGUGGGAGGAUGAAGCCGAUAAGCUGUAUACCUGGACGCAGAAUCUAUCAGUGGACGAUAUAGGUCUCACGCCAUCAUGACCGCGAUAUAUUCAGAUGAAAAUGACCUAGAGAGAAUCAUAUGAAGUAUCAGCAAUGUUACUUGUAAGG